AGCCCCGUGAUCGUAUGCGGAAGUAGGGAUUCAAGCUGCGCUGUCAACAAAACACAAACGGGGACAACGCCGACGUUAACCGAGCAUAUUUCCCGUUUUAAAUCUCCACCUCGUCUCCGAUCAGCCCAGCAAUGGACGGAUCUGUCGGAGCAGCUUCGGACGCCGGACCGCCGGCUUAUUACAGGGGAAAUGAGAGCUCCCUGGUCUCAGCCCUCAAGACCCUGCUGUUCUUCACUAUCCUGAUGGUGACGCUGCCCAUUGGACUCUACUUUGCCACAAAGGCGUACCUCUUUGAGGGUUCAAUGAAGAUGUCAAGCUCUGACAGCUACUUCUAUGCAGCCAUCGUUGCAGUGCUCGCUGUGCAUGUGGUUCUGGCUCUGUUUGUUUAUGUGGCCUGGAACGAAGGCGCGCCUAAAGGGAAGGGCAAACACGAUUAAGGCAUGUCCUUAUCAGCUCGUAAGACUGGAGGAGAUGGGCAGACACAGGGAUGGAUCUGCAGGCUCCCCCCCCUCCCCCCAACCACCAUGGGCUCCAGCAGUAAACAAAGUACCAUCCCUACCAACCAGACAGUUAGGGGAUCUGGUUGCGCUUAGGCUUUAACACAAGGUUAAAGCAUGAAACUACUGUAUUAUUUCCUGGCGUGGUGGAGAGGAUGGCCCCUAUUCUGAAGAGGCUUUGAUAUAAGCGGCCAUUUGGCCAAAUGCUACAAGUCCCUUCACAGUUAUGAGUUUGUCGCGUACGAAAACAUCUUGGGUUUUGGAUACAUACAUACACACACUGUAUGUGCUUGUAAUGUUUAUGUAUGAAGAAUGUGAUUCCAAAAUGCUCUACAUCCAUUCUGUGAGAAUUUGCAGGGCUGAAUUGAUCAUUCUGUCCUCAAAUUUCAGUUCUUAUAUGUACAUUUAAAGAUGACCCUUAACUUCAAUACAAACUCAUAAUGUGCUUAACUUUCGUGCUGUAUUUUGGAGCGGAAAUUUCAUGACGUCCUGUCCUUAAUGAUCAAUGUGUGUGAUGAAGCUCAGUGAAAUUUUGUUACUUUGAAUCGGAAACUUAUUGCAUAACAAUUUGUAUUCAAAGGAACGGUUUGUACUCAGAUGUUUGGAGAUUUGAGGAUGUUCUCAGUGAAUUUAUGUGAUGAAGAUAAGAAUGUUCACUUGCUCAAAUAAACUUAUUUGAAAAAUAAA